CCUAACUGUAAUGGAAAUAGAGGGAACCCGUGUAAUAAACGUGCAUAUGCGAGUAUUCGAGACACGAGUUCUUGGAUAACGUGCAUUGAGUGUGUGGGGCAAGCUGAACUAAUUCUUGGAUCUCAGGAUCGGUCAGCACUGCUAUACUGUGCGCUGGUGGGUAUGCGUUUGAUAUAGAAAAUGAGGCAAGGUAAAUUAGUUUGGGGAAAGACCCCAGCAUUCUUCGUAAUAUUCGCCGUGUUAUAUUGGUGUCACUGGUACACAGAACCUAAACGAGGGAGUGACGAACGGCUUCCUGAUGCUCACUUUAACGGCACAGAGAACACAACAUCCGCAAGAUUGGACAUCAACAAAGAUGGCAAUAAGAAAACACUCGAAGAUAUGGGAAAUGAGACACUGUCACCGCACACGAUUGUUACACUGCAGGAUACCAAGAAUAGAUACUACCCGUCUUUUAAUCACUCACACGCCGUCUGGGAUGAGGAAGUGGUACAGCAAGAGAAGCACAAACGAGUGCGUGUAGUCGUAUCGCUGACAACCACUCCUGGACGCCUCCCCUAUAUCCACAACAUUUUGAAUCGCAUUAAAACAUUUACCGACCAGCCAGAUGCGAUUUACGUUAACUUGCCAGAAAAAUCGCGUCGUACGCAAGAUGCAUAUAUCGUCCCGGAGUGGUUGAAAAACGAUCCGAAUGUCACUGUCGUGCAGGCGGAGAUGGACUACGGACCCGCUACCAAGCUACUGCCCACACUCAAACUUGAAACUGAUCCCGACACGCUUAUUGUGGUGUUGGAUGAUGACAGUUCCUAUCACUCAGGUAUGAUUGCGAGGUACGUGGACUGGUCCAGGCGCCUUCCCUACGCAGCCCUAGGUAUCAGUGGGUUGAACGUUACAUGUGCAGUGAGCAUGCACAUAAACUCCUCCACACUGCUUAGUGAUGUGCCGAAGAGUUCGGUACAUAAGCUCUUCUGUCCGUCGUUAACAUACGAUAAGUUUCUGUAUAUCCGUCAGCUAAAAGGGGGUACAUGCAUGCGCACUGUGACGAAUCGGAGGCCGAAUGACUGUGCAGCUGCCGUAUACAAUAUACCACUAGCCACAGACGUGAUUGAAGCAUAUGCUAGCUUGGCCGUGAGGCGUGGGUUCUUUGACUACUCUGUAUUCGAUUUCACAACAAUCAGCGAACGUCUUGAGGCGAACAAUUGCUUCUACCGGGUGGACGACAUAUGGUUUGGGGGCUACCUGGCCUCUAAGAAUAUCAGUAGGUUCAUUAUCCCUAGCAGACCUAUUGGAGACUUAGGUUUGAAUGCAACCUAUGUACACCCCAAAGUUAGGAAAGAAUACACAGGCAAGAACAUACCCACAGAGAAGGUACCAGCGCUCUCACCGAUCGACUCCUUACACGAGAACAGCCAUGUGCGCCCGGAUGAGUUGACCUCUGCACAGUGCAAUAUAGAGGGUGUGAACUAUUUCCGGGAAGUAUGGGGUAACUUGCCGCGAGUACAGACGUACACACCAGCAGACGCGAGUGAGUACGAAAUGUUAUAGACGACUAUAGAGGACUUGCAUUUGAGCUAAUUGGUGUUGGCACGAACAUGUCAGGAUUGCCCGAACGCCGGAUGAAACCUCAAGGGAAGCACACAAGGCAAUUGAAAUAAUCGAAUUCCACCAACCACUCAGCAACUGUCUUUCGGAGAGGUGUAAAGUCGGUCACGAGUAGGGUCUCAACAUUAGCCUGAUGGAAAAGUUUAGACCGCUAAAAGUUGGCAAUCUAGAUUGUCACACUGAUACGAGGAGUAUAAUUGAGUCGGCGCACGUAUGCACAGAGGCCGGAGGGAAGCACAAACCAUUGAAAUGAUGUACACUAGCUGUGCCAAUGUGUGGAGCCGUUCACGAAAUAGUCGUAUGGACGGUUCGUGACAUACAUGGUACUUACAAUGUUGUGAAUCGAGAGGCACGCACAGAUACUUGUUGUGCUCACAGAUGAUGGUUCUAGUGGCUCAGAAAUUAUAGUAAGAGUCUGGAUAGUCCAUCACAGCCGCCUGCUGCUGAAAUUCAUGCUUCGAGUGGGCUCAGGAAUUGUAAAUGGGAACGCCGGGACAAUAAUGGGGCAUCGAAGGGUCUCGGAUACUUUAUUGAAAGAGCUUGAGUACUCUGUACAUAACCGUCUGUUGCUAUAGACUGAUGAAUCAGGGCCGCGAGCUGAUUUGAAACGACUGUACGAGAGUCCGAAGGGUGAGCUUUGUGUUUGAGCCGGAGUACUUCCAUUUUUAACCACAUCAGGUAGAGAGCAUCAAUAUAUCUUGCGUAUCGACAUUUUGGGGAUUAAUUCCAUUGCUUGGAUAAAAACACAGAAACGUGGUCUGUCUAUAUCGAGAUUAUUCCAUAUAGCCUUUUAAAUGGCCACUGACGUUCUAUGAGACGGCGCAUGCAAACUACACUGCUGAAGUGAGUCAAGGAACAGCAAGGUAGUAUUGCGGUUAUUAGGACAAACAGAAUGAAUUGAAAUUUAGAAAAUACCCAAUAACAUCAAAUCGUCUUGGAUGGCCAGGAAAAAAUCAAGGAGUGCACCCUCUUUGUUGCAAUGCUGAAUCACAAGAUUUCUUGCUUUUACCUUGCCUUGCCCUAGUUGAAAGUGAUGGGGUAAAAUUCCGCAGCGAAUAAUCUAAUUGAAAUAGGGAACAAUCACGUCUACCACAAGUGGCGUAUGAUACCAUCUCAAUGCAGUAAAGUUCUAGUAACAGAGCCCAACUAUCCCUCUGGCGUGCGUUGGAGUGUUUUCUAUAA